UAAACUGAGGGUUUCACAAGGAAAUGGUUAUAUAAAGAAGAGUUUUGAGAAAGAGAUUAGAGAUCAAUGAUAAGUCAUAAAGCAUUUGGAGACUCGGGCAAGUUCAGUCCUGAAGAUCCGUUAUCAACGAGAAGCUUUAAUCAUGAUCAUGAAACUAGACGAGUAUCAACUGCUUCAUCAUCAUCAAGAAACAGCGGUGUUGAUAUGAGAAGACUCUCAUUCGGCAAUUCCUUGCAAGUGCCCAAGAAUCAUCAACAACAACACCAACAUCAUGAGCAACAACCACAACAGAUUAAUACAGAUAAUCAGCGGCGUAAAUGGAAUAGGUAUCGUCAAAGUGAGGGUUUUGAUUUCGAUCCUUUAGGUGGUGGGUUAUCUUCAUUAGCAAAAGGCAAUAGAUCUUUGAGUUCAAGUCCUAAAAGUGGCUCUACUACAGCAAAUGAUCAAGAGAGUGGUGGAUCAAACAAUAAUAACGACUCAAGUAUGUUGCGCCAAAAUGCUCAAAGUGAAGAAGAGAAGGAAAAAGUAAAAGAAGCUGGACAAUUGGCUUCAGUAUUUUUGGAAAUGAGGAAAAACAUAAUGAGCGAUUUCAAUAUAGAUCUUGAACAUAAUGAAAGUUUGGAUUUAGAAAGAGAUAAAAACAUUCCUGGCCAAGUUCGUCUAAGAAACAUCUCAAGAGCCACUAUUCAACGAGCUGAGAAAGUUAAAGUGAUGUUAAAUCUAUACUAUUUUUAUGUUUUCAACACUCAAAGAGAGACCCAACCAAAAUUUGCAGGUGUUGAUGGGGUUUAUAAUCCAUUACAAGUUAUAAGAAACAGAAGAAUAAGGAAAAAAUAUCAUCAACCUCCAAAACUAGCUAUAAAAACAUUACCUUAUGCCUCAACUGUUUUCAGUCGGUCCAAGCAUAAGUUGGUAUGGCAAGUUGAUCUGACCGAACUAACUUAUGAUUUUAAUUGGAGAGCUCAACAUUGGCAUGAAUUAGUAAACCCCCUUGGGGAAUUAUGGUUCCCACCUGAAGAUGAUGGAACAGGUAAACAUCAUCAUCACCAUCGUCACCACGAUCACCAUCACCCACACUUGUCAAAUCAUCAUCAUCACUCAUCCGAAAAGGAACUUUCAUAUAUUCAUGACAAAUUGUUUGAAAAUGAUGCAACAGAUGAGUAUGACUCAAGUAAUAAUAGUUCAAAAGAUGAUGUUACCUCAAUGGCAACUAGAUCUAGAAAAAGAGAUAAAUUAACUUCAAAGAUUAGAAGAAGAUCAAAAUCACCAUAUAAGAAGAAGAAAGAACAAGAUAGCAAGGAGCAGUUAAAUGAUGGAUUUGAAUAUAGUGGAGAGAGAUCUAAUGCUGAUUCGUUAGGCUCGAAUUUGUUCCCUAUGGAGAGUAAUGGCUCAUUCAAGGGUAAUUUAUUAAAUGAUAUCUCUAUUGAGCCGAUAAAGAAUCAUCAAAGAGUUUUAUCAAGCAGUGAUUCAAAUGGACAAAGCAAUGAUGGAGGUACAGGUACCAAUAUUACAGGCUCAUCAAGCUCUAAAGACUCUGAUGACCUAGAGAUUGAAGAAUUGAAAGCCCUGAAUAACUAUUUACAAAAACUUCGUAAAUUGGAUGAUUUAAUGAAUUUUGGGGAACACCAUUUAACAGUCAAAGAACGUGAAUAUUCUCAACUGAUUAAUUUCCAAAAAGUUAUCAAGGAAAGUGAACAAAUCCGUCAAAAUUCAAGAUAUUUGAAGGAAAAUGUAUUGACUAAGUAUGAUGGCUUAAUGAAUGAAAAAUCAUCAUCUUUGGAAUACUAUCAAAAUGAAUUGACAAACAAUUAUUCACCAAGAGUUGAUAAGUUAUUGUUACUAUCUGAUAGAACUAUAGGUGAAGUUAAUACAACUCUAUCAUUAGAAGUUAGAAAAUUAAGUGAACGGUUGGAAAAGUUGGGGCCUUCUUAUAAAAGAGCAGGUUCUUUGGUUAGUUUGGCAUAUUGGUUAUUGGAAAAUUUAAUUGUUUUGUUGUUAUGGAGUAUAUGGAUUGGGUUUUCUAUUGGAAGAAUGUUUAGGUUUUUCAUUAUGUUGAUUUGGAAGGUUAUAAAAUGGGUAUUUUAUUAAAAGGUCAAAAGAGUCUUUCCAGUGAUACGAGUAAAUACUCAUAACUACGACAUUCGUUG